UGUCCGUCUGUUGCUGUUACUGACUGUGAAUAACUUCAGGUUUUACACAAACUCCUAUUUAGGACAGAUAGAGACACAGAGAGAGAAAGACAGAAGGGAAAUGAUGGAGGAUUUAGAAGACAGUGACCAAGACACAGUCUGCGGUCAGGUUUGGUUUGUUUGAGUGUGAUUCUUUCAGUGAUUGUUUUUGUUGUUUGGUGAUGGAGCCCCAAUGGCAGAUUAACAAAAGAUUGGAUAUCCCCGAUCACGUGCAUUACAUCAUCGCCUGCCUCAUCCUCAUCAUCGGCACUUUGGGGGUUACAGGCAACGCACUGGUCAUGUUCGCUUUCUACAGUAAUAAAAAGUUGCGGAACCUGCCAAAUUAUUUCAUAAUGAACCUGGCAGUCAGUGAUUUCCUCAUGGCGAUCACGCAAUCUCCAGUCUUCUUCAUAAACUGCCUUUAUAGAGAGUGGAUGUUUGGAGAACUGGGAUGUAAAAUAUACGCAUUCUGUGGUGCUCUGUUUGGCGUCACCUCUAUGAUAAACCUGUUGGCAAUCUCUAUUGAUCGUUACCUGGUCAUAACCAGACCGCUGCAGACCAUUCAAUCGAACUCCAAAAGCAGAACCUCUCUUGCAAUCCUGUGCAUCUGGCUCUACUCGCUGGCCUGGAGCCUCGCACCUCUGAUUGGCUGGAGUUCCUACAUCCCUGAAGGUUUGAUGACAUCAUGCACAUGGGACUACACGUCACCAUCUCCGGCCAACAGGAGUUACACCAUGAUGCUCUGCUGUUUUGUCUUCUUCAUUCCGCUGGCCAUCAUCCUUUUCUGUUACCUUUUCAUGUUCCUCUCUGUACGACAGGCCAGCAGAGAUCUGGAAAGGCUGAACUCAGUGAAGCAGCAGUCAAUGAGGAGUGAAUGGAGACUGGCUAAAAUAGCAGCAGUGAUCAUCGUGGUGUAUGUCCUGUCCUGGGCACCUUACGCAUGCGUCACCCUCAUCGCCUGGGCAGGGCAUGCAAACAUUCUCAACCCCUACUCAAAAACACUGCCUGCGGUCAUCGCCAAAUCAUCUGCCAUCUACAACCCUUUCAUAUAUGCAAUAGUUCACACCAAAUAUCGAGCCACAUUAGCAGAGAAGAUACCUGGUUUAUCCUGCCUGUCUCGCUCUCAGAAGGACUGUCUCUCUUCCUCCACUAACAGUGACAUAUCAGUUCAGGACACCAGUAUGAGCAGACAGUCUUCUGUCUCCAAAAACAAACUCCACACAACCAAAGGCAACUCCUGUAUUAUGGUAAUGGGAGAUGUGGAGCUGGACCUGAUGGAGAACAGGUCAAGUAUAUCCAAAGUUUCAUUUAGAGGCUCUUCCAAACAGAGGAACAUCAUAAAAUGCUCCUCGCUGAUGUUGGAGAAGCAUCCUGUCCAGAUCAAAGAGUCAAUCAGCCUAUGUGAGCGUGAUCUUGUGUCUGGAUCCCUCGCCAUGGCAACCGCACCAAUGGUUGUUCAAACUGACUCUGUGACCCACAGCUCCUCUGAUGCUCACAAAAUCAUCAUCAGUCCAGCCUCAGAGAGCAACUUGUGAGAAGAUAUGGAGGAAAAGUCUAGAUCUCACCAUCAGCACUCAAGGAACAUAAUGUUUGUCCUCACACACAUAAACUGCCCAGCAGAGUGACUGGA